AUGAUCCGUGCUCCCAACGCCUCAAGCAUCUACCGCCCCGACCUCUUCCGAGGCAAAGUGGCCAUCGUGACUGGUGGUGGAACUGGAAUUGGGCGAUGCAUCGCUCACGAGUUAGCGUCGCUCGGCUGCUCGGUGGUGAUUGCAGCUAGGAACGAGGAACGUCUACAUGCUGCAGAGGAGACGAUACGCAGCCAGGUGGACGCUGCUGGCCGCGAUCUGAAGGACAUCAUCCAUCCUGUCGUAUGCGAUAUCCGCAAGGAGGAGCAAGUGAACAACUUGAUCGAUGAGACGCUGGUCAAGUACAAGCGCGUUGACUUCCUCAUUAACAAUGCUGGUGGGCAAUUCCGUGCUCCAAUUGAAAAAGUGAACCUCAAGGGAUGGGAAGCCAUCAUGCGCACGAACUUGAAUGGAACCUUUAUGGUGACCAAGAAGGCGUACCACGCGUACAUGAAGGAGCACGGCGGCAGGAUUGUCAACAUCAUUCUCGUGAUUGACAAAGGGUAUCCUAUGAUGGCGCACAGUGGUGCCGCUCGUGCUGCUAUUGAGAACCUGAGCAAGUCGCUGUCGGUGGAAUGGGCCGCGUCUGGCAUCACGCUGAACUGCGUUGCUCCGGGUAUUAUCCUGUCGAGUGGUGUGGACAACUACGAGGGCGGUGCGGAGCAGUUCCAUGUCGCUGCCAGAGGCGCCACUGCAGCGAAACGCGUGGGUAGCGUCGAGGAAGUCUCGGCUGGUGUGUUGUACUACUUGUCGCCUGCUGGAGCCUAUGUGACCGGAGACACGAUGCACGUCGACGGUGGCUGGCACCUUCUCGGUCCUCUGCUCGACAUUCCUGCUCACGAGAACAACCCUCCGUACGGCACUGUGGGAUCCAAGUUGUAA